AUGUCCGUUAUUUUGUGCACAGCGGGUUACGACCACACAAUCAGAUUCUGGGAGGCGCUAUCGGGAAUCUGUUCGCGAACGAUCCAGCACCCAGACUCACAGGUGAACCGCCUGUGUAUCUCCCCCGACAAGAGGUUUCUAGCAGCAGCCGGCCACCACACGGUCAAGCUCUACGAUAUCAAAUCGACAAAUCCCAAUCCUCUGCUUACAUUUGAGGGACAUACGGGGAACAUCACAGGGGUGGCAUUCCACUGCGAGGGCAAAUGGAUGGUGACGAGCUCCGAAGACGGCACUGUUAAGAUUUGGGAAACGCGGACGGGGUCGAUCCAAAGAAGCUAUAAUCAUGGAUGCCCGGCCAACGAUGUGGUCAUUCACCCGAACCAGGGCGAAAUCAUCAGCUGCGACCGGUCGGGCAGCGUAAGGAUCUGGGAUCUGGCCGAGAACACUUGCGCGCACGAGCUCAUCCCCGAAGAAGACGUGUCGGUAUCAAGCGUGACGGUUGCUAGUGAUGGGACGCUAUUGUGCGCCGCAAACACGGCAGGCAAUGUGUUUGUGUGGCAUCUCCGCCAAAACUAUGACCAGACGGAGCUGCUCCCAGUAACGCAUUUCAGCGCUCACAAGGAGUACAUUACGCGAAUUCUCCUCUCUCCCGACGUAAAGAAGCUGGCAACGUGCAGCGCAGACCACACGGCCAAGAUCUGGGAGAUCAAGGACGUCAAGCCGCAGGUCAACGGCAAAUCCGACGAGGCGAGGCCGCUUCCCCUAGAGGCUACCCUCACGGGCCAUCAGCGAUGGGUCUGGGACUGUGCGUUCAGUGCAGACUCGGCGUAUUUGGUGACGGCGUGCUCAGACCACUAUGCACGACUAUGGGAACUGCACAGCCAGCAAAUAAUACGCCAGUACAACGGCCAUCACAGAGGAGCUGUCUGCGUGGCGCUCAACGACUAUUCAGAGACACGUUAG